AUGACGCCACCAUCGUGCUCACUGUUGUUAUUACUUUUGUUGACGGCAACAGUGGCAUCAAUACAUGCCACCACUAUUACUGCUAGCGACCGCCGUAUUGCCAGCUUUGAUCUACAACCUGAUGAUGCUUGCGUCAACACGUUGAACGAAGCAUUCGUCGUGACGCUAGACAAAGAAACACACUUUGUCGUUCUACCAACUGGAGAGAAUGAAAUGAAUUGUCUUGAAAGUCACCCAGGAUUUUUGGGUUAUGAGCUGGAUCAGCCCAUCUAUUUGGCUCAGAAUUCGAAUCAAAUGCAGAUAAAUCCACCAAGCUGGGGACUCACAAGGAUAUCACAGCGAGAAUUGCCGUUGGGUGCAUCUUACUUUUACCCGUCACCAGCUGGCAAAGGUGUUAACAUCUACAUCAUGGAUACCAAUGGAUCGAGUAUGGAUUAUCAUGGUCAUGGAACCAUGGCAGCCGGGAUUGCAGCUGGAACACUAUAUGGUGUUGCCAAAGAAGCUAACGUGAUUGCAGUCAAGGUUCUAGAAGACAGCGGUGAAGGUUAUAUGGCAAGUAUAUUGCUCGGAAUGAGCUACAUUGCAGAGAGGUUGAAGCGUAAAGGCAAGAAAAUGCCCGUGGUUAUAAAGAUGGGCGCUUUAAGCACGUCAGCAGCCGGAAAUGGUGAUUAUAUACAAAGUGACACUGGCCGUGAUGCUUGCUCGUAUAGUCCAGCAAGCUCUUUUACUACAAUCACAGUGGGUGCAGUAGACUCUAGCGAUACGCUUGCAUCAUUUAGCAAUUCUGGGAAUUGUACGGACAUCUACGCUCCUGGAGUAGAUAUUGGCACCAUCAUUCCCAAUGGCGAAACAGUGCUCGCAAGUGGAACUUCUUUCAGUGCACCGCAUGUUGCUGGCGUUGCCGCCCUUUUAUAUUCUCAAGCAGCAGCAAAAGGUAUUCUUGACAGAGUUACGCCGAGCGAUAUCAAGAACCGUAUUAUAACUACUAGUACAACCAACGUUUUGCAUCGUGUCCACAAUUCCAAUGACCGACUAUUAUACGCUGAUGUUGCCAUACCCCCUGGAUUUGCUGCCAUGGCAGCACCAACAAAACCCACCGCUAUGUCUUGGUGGUAUUGUUGCUUGUUAUAUUCCUCCAUUACUAUUUACAUUCAUCAACUUUUCUAAAAGGAUAAAAAGGCAUUUGGUGCUAGCUUGAUUACUCUCAUGGUACUGAAAUGAUCGCAACUAUCACUUCCACGGGUCUUUUUUAUGCGAGGUUGUAGAUGCUUUCCUCUCCAUAUCACCAAUGUUGCGACACGACAUCUUACAUGGAUAAUUAUUCACAUUCAUAACCAAUGGUCAUAGGUUAACUGAUCAAACUGAAACAUCCAUAUUAAGUGAUCAUUAAUCC